AUGAAGAUCAGGAUGACCGAUUUUACAAACGUGUUUUUAUUUUUCUCGCAAAUGGUUUUCGGUCAAAAUAGCGGCGAUUUCAAUCAACAGAAAAUCAUGGAAUCACAGAUCAUCAACUCGACUUUUGGAUCAUCCACCUAUGAUCGCCAAAUUUUGGGCGAUUCCCCAACCACUCUCUCAGCUUUUCUUCUUGUUACACAUUUAGAGAAAAUGGAUGAUGACUCGCAAACGUUGACUUUUCAUGGAUCAUUGCAAGUCAACUGGAAAGACGAGCGCUUGAAAUGGAAUUCAAGUGCUUUUGGUGGAGUGACAUCAUACGGGAGAUCGAGACAAGAAAUCAAGAAAGAACCAUGGAUACCACAGCUGUACUUCACAGAAAUAAUGAACAGCCGUCCCCGUCCCACUUACAAUGAUUUGGUGAUGCUCUCGUUUCUCAACAAUGGAAUGGUUUUCAUGACGUUUGAUGUCUCUUUCCGUACCACUUGCCGUUUCGAUACCACCGAAUUCCCAUUUGAUUACGCCUAUUGUACUUUUCACAUGUUUACAGCUUUCCCGGCUAGCAUAAUUCAAUUCCACGAUCGAGUUUUCUUCGGUGAUGUGAGAGAUUUUCGAAACAUACGAAAACAAGAACUCCUCGAGACGGGUCGCUUUCAAUUGCUCAACACCACCGGCCACCAUGUGCUCUUCUUAGGCCAGAAACCUGUGGAAAAAAAUCCAAAGUACGCAAAGAAACAUCUUCGUUCUGUCGUCGAGUUCAACAUAUUGUUGCAACGGAAUUUCCCCAUCUAUGCCCCAACAAUCGUCAUCCCGUUGCUCGUCGUCGCUUUCUUAUCCAUGAUGUUAUCCUGGCUCCCUGCAUCUGGCCUCUCAUUGAGAUUGUCUCUUCUUAGCAUUUUAGCUCAACUAAUGCUUGGCACAAUCCUUGUCGAAGCGAUGCCUGUUGAUUUCAAGUCAACACCAAGAAUUGCCACUCAAUGCGCGUGGAUUCUCUUCCUUUCGAUGGUUUGUGUCGCCAGAAAUGGUUGCGAGAUGUGGCUUGAAAAGGACUCGACUCUGCACCGUUGUGUGAAUGGGUUAGAGCUGGUGGACAACGUGGAACGGGAAUGCAAUUUCACUGUCACUUGCCAAUUCUAUCCGAAUUUGAACGAGUGCAUGGUAAAAAGACUGGGUGAUGCUUGUGGAGGAAUGAAGGGACGAGCAGCCUACGCCUUCGAAAUGGAGCUAUAUAUCCAUGCCAAAGAGUCAUCGGAAUGCAAAACGGAAUUCUUGUCUUUCUUGACGAAAAUCCAAAAUGAAUACAAAGGGGUUUGG